AUGUUUAGCUCUGAGCCCACCAUAAAUGGAAAUCAAUCCCUGUCCACCAAAUUCACUUUUGUGGCUUUUUCCUCUCUUGAAGAAUUACAGCUUGUACUCUUCAUUGUGUUCUUAAUCAUCUACUUAUGCACUAUAGGAGGAAACCUCAUCAUCAUAUCCCUGAUCUUGAUCACCCCUGCCCUGCACACUCCAAUGUAUUUCUUCCUGGUGAACCUCUCAUUUCUGGAGAUGUGCUAUAUCACCAGUGUGGUACCUCAGACGCUAGUGCACCUGCUGGUGGAGACCAAAACCAUAAGUGUGGGUGGCUGUGCAACCCAGAUGUACAUAUUUGCCAUCUUGGGACUGACAGAAUGCUGCUCUGCAGCCAUGGCUUAUGACCGCUUUGUAGCUAUUUGUUAUCCACUGCAUUACACUCUCUUCAUGGGCCCUCAUGUUUGUUUGAAAUUGGUUGCCGCAUCUUGGUUCACUGGAGUGGUGGUGGAGUCAGCCCAGAUCACCCUGAUCAUCACUCUGCCCUUCUGUGGAACAGGAAAGAUUCAACACUUUUUUUGUGAUAUCAUGCCUGUACUGAAACUGGCUUUUGUUGAUACCUCCCAAAUUGAAACUGUGAUAUUUGCUGUCUCCAUGCUCUUCAUUAUGAGUCCCUGUUUCCUCAUUCUGUGCUCCUACAUGUGCAUCCUUGCAGCCAUCUUGAGAAUCCCUUCAGCAGCUGGAAGACACAAAGCUUUCUCCACUUGUUCUUCUCAUAUCCUGGUUGUUUCUCUGUUCUAUGGCACUGCCUUGUUUACUUAUCUGCAACCAAAGAGUACACAUACUCCAGAAACAGACAAAGCAACUGCACUCAUGUACACAAUGGUCACACCUGCUUUGAAUCCUGUUAUCUAUACCUUGAGGAACAAGGAAGUAAAGGAAGCCUUUCAAAGGGUAACACAACGGAACUCUCUUAGACAAAUGGCCUAA